CCGUGGCCAUAUUUACAAGAAAUGUUUCUAUACAAUGGUAUAAAAGAUUCUUCCUACCGGAUGAAGUGCCUCUUAUGCCUACCGAAAAACACAGAAAUUUUGGCAUUCAAAAACUCCCCGUCCAACCUGAAGAAGCACAUCGAGAGAAAGCAUGUACACCACCUCAAAAGGUAUGAAGGGCUUACGUCAACAAAGAGAAAAAGGGCUCCUGAGACUCCUACCACCACCUCCAGCAUCAAGCAGACCACAUUGGUGAACUCCAGGACUGUGUCUCAAAGGCCCAUUGACAAAGCUAUAGUGACUUAUGUGGUCCAAGGACUCCAGCCAUUCCAUGUUGUUGAAGAACAAGCAUUUCAAGAUUUUGUGAAGGAACUGCAGCCUAAUGCAAAAAUUAUGUCACGGCUGACUCUGCGCUCCAUGAUUGAUGAUGCCUCCAGGGGAAUGAAGAGGGCUGUGACUGAGGCCAUGAGGGGAGUUGACCAUAUCGCCACCACCACCGACUGCUGGUCUGUCAGAAGGCGGAGCUUCAUUGGUGUUACUGCCCAUUGGAUUGACCCCGACAGUCUCAAAAGAUGCUCAGCAGCCCUAGCCUGUAAACAGCUGAGAGGUUUGGACACAUUUGAUGUUUUGGCAAGUGCCCUGAAUGACAUCCACUCUGAAUUUGAAAUUCGAGGGAAGAUUGUGCGAACAACAACAGACAAUGCCUCAGACUUUAAAAGCGUUUAA